AAGCAAAAAUCACAUCAAAUUAGCCGUUCGAUGGAAGCGCUCCAUUGGGCACUACACCUAACAUAGAUGGCAUUUUCCCGGAAGACACCAGCCAGCAUGGACACCUACAGAUUCGGAACGGUUGACUACACGGUCUUCCUGGGCGUGACCAUACUAUCCAUCGCCAUAGGACUGUACUUCGGCUGGAUAAAGAAGACCAAGAAGACGGUGGAACCCGACACGUCGUCUUCGGAUUCCCCGGUAACAACCAUGCCGAAUUUCGGAUCGAAGAAGUUGAACGAGUAUCUGAUGGGUUCGGGCAAUCUGAAGGUUUUCCCAGUCGCAAUGAGCCUGAUAGCCAGUUUCAUUUCGGGCGUUGCUAUACUGGGAACUCCUUCCGAGAUCUACAACUAUGGCACGCAAUAUUCACUGGUUUUCGUAGCCAUUGCCAUCCAAGGACUAGUUGUAUCCUACAUCUACUUGCCCGUGUUUACGACUCUUCAAGUGCGUUCAUCUUAUGAGUACUUGGGAAUGCGCUUUCACCCGGUCAUACGAAACAUAGUAUCCAUACUCUUUGUCGUCGAAAUGCUACUUUAUACGCCUUUUGUGGUCUAUGUGCCGGCCCUCGCCUUAAACCAGGCUUCCGGCCUAAAUAUUCACAUAAUUGAGCUGGUGACCAUUGUGGUGUGCGUUAUAUACACCCUAUUGGGCGGCCUCAAGGCGGUGGUGCACACGGACAUCUGGCAGGUGGCAAUCAUGUUUGUGUCCGUAAUGGUUGUGGCCAUUCUUGCCACCUGCUACAUCACCGACCUGGAUGCCUUCUACGAAAGUCUGGAGGUCGGGGGACGAAUCAUAUUUGGCAACAUCAAUCCCUCACCAUUUGUGCGUAAUACGGUGUGGAGCGUGGUGAUCGGUGGCAUGUUCUACUGGACCUCAUUUACGGCGGUCAAUCAGACCAUGGUACAUCGGUAUAUGUCCUUGCCCAGCCUGCGGAUGGCCAGGACCUCCAUCGCCUACUUUGUCAUUGGAGCGAGCAUCUUUUACUGUGUUCUCAGCUUUUUGGGACUGCUCAUCUAUCACAUGUACAAGGACUGCGAUCCACUGACCGCCGGACAUAUCAUGAAUAACGAUCAGCUGGUGCCCCUGUUUGUGGUGCAGAGUGUCGGUCACAUCUAUGGAAUGCCCGGGCUUUUCAUAGCCGGUAUUUUUGGAGCUGGCCUGAGUUCGCUUUCCGUGGGGUUCAACUCCAUGUCCUUGGUCAUCCUACAGGACAUAGUUCGAGGUUGUUUCAAGAGGCAGCCGAGCGAAAAGACAUCCGCGAUUAUCGUUAAGUCCAGCAUCGUAAUCAUAGCCGUUUUGAUAUUUGGUUCGGUCAUUCUGCUGGAGAAGGUGAAUGGCAUCCUGAGCAUCUGCAUGUCCCUGGUGUCCAUCGCAACUAGUUCCACUUUCGGAAUAUUUACCCUGGGAAUGCUGGUUCCCUGGGCAAAUACAGUGGGCACCUUUGUGGGCGGAAUCGCGGGCUUUGUCUUGACCGGCUGGAUAAGUUUCGGGUCACAGAUUGCGGCUGCAUCCGGACAACUGCAUCCCAAAAGACUUCAUAUGUCCGUCGAAAGUUGCCUUGGCAAUGUGACUGCUCCCGAAAAUGUUGGACUGGACGAGGAUGAGGUGUUCCCACUCUACCGACUUUCCUACCACUGGAUAAACCCCAUCGGAGUGCUUACAGUCGUCAUUGUGGGCUCCCUGGUAUCUCUGGUGACCAAACCCACGGAUAUCAAGAGUCUCCAUUCGGAUUUGAUAUCUCCAGUGAUCCACAGGUAA